CUCUGCUGGCUCAGCUGCUCGGGAGGCUGUUUGAGUGUUUAGCAGUGGUGCAGGAGGAGGAUUCGGAGGCUGUGGAGAUCAUGCUGGGAGUUUGUUCCAGCGGCCUCCUCAUCUACAGAGAUAAACUGCGCAUCAAUCGCUUCGCCUGGCCCAAAAUACUCAAGAUCUCCUACAAGAGGAACAACUUCUACAUCAAGGUGCGGCCGGGAGAGCUGGAACAGUUCGAGAGCACCAUCGGAUUUAAACUGCCCAAUCACAAAGCAGCAAAGCGACUCUGGAAAGUUUGUGUGGAGCAUCACACCUUCUUCAGGCUGGUUUCUCCUGAAGCUCCUCCCAAGCGCUUCCUGUCGUUGGGCUCAAAGUUCCGCUACAGCGGCCGAACACAAGCGCAGACUCGCCGAGUGAGCGCUCAGAUCUCACGUGCCGCGCCGCAGUUCCAGCGAUCGGCCAGCAGGCGGCACACCGUCACAGCCAGCAUGGACAGCACGCCAGCGACGGUGAGCCAUGACGACGAGAAGAACGCCAAACCCGCUGUUGCUACGGAUGACCUCAUCGCCAUGGAAACGCCGGAGAAGAAAGGAGAGGAGAUGAACUCAGUGGAGGAGGAGAAUAAAGCCAACAGUGACGAAUCAGAACAAGCCCCGCCCCCCUCCGUCACCAAGUCUUGUCUGUACUCAUCGGAUCCGUUGGGAUCUGAGCUCUCUCUCCCGUCUUCUCCCGUCUCGUCCACCAAAGUGCGCAGGAGACGCAGGGAAAGCAGCCGCAAGCGCGCCUCCUCCGUCAGUCCGGCCAAAACCACGGCGGGCUGCCGGAGACGUCAGGCCCAAGCGGACCGUAAAGUGGCUCUUCUGGAGGAACAAGCGCUGCUUCUGUCCGCACGCAAACAGAGACUGAACCAGAGCCGCAGCAGAGGCGGCAUGCUCUUCUCCUUCUCUCUGCACUUCCCCGAUCUGUCCUCGCUGCUGGAUGAGGACGGUUACCUGAGCUUCCCCGACCUCACCGAGCUGCGCUUUCUUCCCGAGAGCCUGCAUCACUUCAUGCCCAUCAAAUCUCCGUCACUCAUCCCCUGCUUCCUCUUCAUCUUCUUCUUCCUGCUCUCCACCUCGUUCUCUGUGCCGUACGCACUCACGCUCUCCUUCCCGCUGGCGCUGUGUCUCUGCUAUCUGGAGCCCAAGGCCGCGUCGCUCGGCUCGUCUCUGGCGCAGGGCUUCCAGGACAGUUCAGACGACGAGACCGACAGCGAUCAAACCAACUUCACUUGUGAUGACGACACAUCGGCGACUGAGUCUGACUUUGAGGACAACUUUGACAUGAGGACACAGGUGUCAGAGGAGGUUAAAGCCGAACCUGAAGAUGUUCCAGUAAAGCCGGAUCACGUGGCUGAUGGUGUGGAGCAGUCGGAGGAAGCGCUUAAAGAUGUUCCUGUGGUUCACACCGAGACCGAGACCAUCACGUACGAGUCUGCAGAGAUCGAAGCCAGCGGCGACUCAGAUCCAGGCGUCCUCAUGAGCGCUCAGACCAUCACAUCAGAGAACAACAGCAGCACCACACACAUCACCAAGACGGUGAAGGACGGUAUUUCAGAGACUCGCAUCGAAAAGAGGAUCGUCAUCACAGGAGCCGCAGACAUCGACCACGAUCAGGAAUAAUCUCAUCAACUGAAAACCAACACGCGACCUCUGACCUCCGACCUCUGCCGAGAUCUUCAUCAUCAAGCCAUCAGCUUCAGCCUCGUCAAACCAAACCUGCGCUGAGAUGAUUGACUCGCAAACAAAAAAAAUAUUUGCCUUAAAAUGUCUCAAAAUAUUAAUUUCUGCCACUUGGGUUUAUUUAUGGUGCAGUGUGAAUUUCACAGAAACGCAUCCAGGUCAAAAUUAAAAGGAUUUUUUCCCUUUAAUUUUGAUUUUUCUCUUCAAACUCAACAAACUGAAUUGAAACUCGUUUGUACUUGAAUCAUAAGCAUGUUUUUAUUGCAAUGCUUGUUCACUUGUUAGUUUUUGUUGUUUUUUUUAGCACUAACUGAUCCUGCAUUAUAAAUGCAAAACGGCAAAAAAUGAGUACAAAAAAAAAGAAAGUUAACCACUAUUUUAAGGGCUUUUGGUAACUUUGUAAAACAGCGGCUUAUUUGUUGGAG